GGGGAAAAAAGGAAGCAAAGCUUGGACCAGAGACCUUGGAGCCGCACCUUUGCUGUGCCAUGAAGGGCUUCCUGCGUGGUUUCGUCGGAGCAGAACCACAGCCAGAGAGCGCUGUGGAGGAGAGCGAGAAGAGGAGCGAGGCCAAGGCCGAGGAGGAGGUCGCUUUCUCCGUCUGCAUGUUGUCGGGCUCGGUGCUCGAGGUCCGGUGUAGCAAUGCGACGGAGUCGGUGUUGGAGCUGCGGCGGCGGGUGGAAGGACAGCUGAAGCUGCCCUCCUCCCAGGUUUGGCUUCAGAACUGGCUGGCCUGCUGGCUCUUCAACAGCAGCAUGAGCCCCAUCCUGGACCACUGGCCUGUGAAGGACGUGCCGGACCGGUUCCUGACGGGGUUGGUGGUGAAGAACUUGCGCUUCGGAGACACACCGCCAGAGGACUUCAGCACGGUGACCAUCCAGGGCUUUGGUUCCAUGUGCAAUCGCUACAUGGACGUCUCCUGUGAAGGGACCUUGGCCACCAACCCUCAACAGGAAGACAACCGCGCGGAGCUGUCUCAAAGCUUUCGACCCGAAGAUCUGCCUGUGAGCUUUAGCGUGAAGAUGCCCGACAGCGGUGGCUACGCCCACUUCCUCUACGUGCGGUGUGGCACGGAGGUGGUGGCCAUUGAAGCAAACCAGCCUGAGGAGUUCCUGGUGAACAUCAGCCAGGAGGAGUUCCAGAUCAGCCGACCUGAUGUGUCGCCUGUGGCAAAGCCGCUGGACAUCCUAAAGAACGGCACUGCCUUGCGCUUUGGAGUUUACUUGUACACAAAGAGCUCUGUGGAACUCCAAUGGACAGUGGGCGCAACGCAUGAAGCGACGGAACAAAAGGGGUAGGGCACGUCUCCGGGCGCAGCGCACGCACCGCAUCCCGGUUCAAACCAG